AUGGCAUUCCCAAAACAUAAGAAAUCUUUCGACGACACAGAAUCCAAAAUCGUCACAGAGAAUGUCGAGGAUGUACAUGCCGAACAGUCGCUGGCUGCGUUUCCCUUACUCCAGGGAAAGACCCCUGCUGAACUCAAGGCUCUGAACAAGGCUGUGCUCAAGAAGCUGGACUACUAUUAUCUUCCCUGCGUGACGAUGAUGUUGCUCAUGAGCUACCUGGACCGAAUUAAUGUAUCUAAUGCCCGCCUUGCUGGCAUGCAGAGCGACCUACACAUGUCGGACACCGAGUGGUCCGCAGGCAUCUCCCUGUUCUAUGUCGGUUACAUCAUCUCCCAAGUCCCAGCCAGCGUGUUCAUCGCAAAAGGCAAACCGAGCAUCAUAUUUCCAAGUAUCAUGCUUGCAUGGUCCGCUGUGACUAUCUGCAUGCCCGCCCUGACCUCUGCUUGGGGUUUUUGUCUCUGCCGUUUCCUGGUUGGCGUUGCGGAAGGUCCAUUCGUCCCAGCCGUCUCCCUGAUAACUUCGUCAUGGUACACAAAAAAGGAAUCCCCACUGCGUAUGGGCAUAUGGCACGCCGGAAAUAUUGUCUCGAAUAUAUUCUCCGGGCUCCUGGCAGCAGGCAUCCUGACCAACAUGGACGGCAUUGCAGGUCUUCAUGCUUGGCAGUGGUUCAUUUUGCUGGAGGGGAUAGUGAGUAUCUUGGUGGCCUGCAUCGCGUUUUGGUUCAUUCCGAACUUUCCGAGCAAUACGAGCCGCCGGUGGCUCACUGAAGAGGAGGCUGCCAUGGCGCAAUACAGACAGUUCGUCUCUGCGGGAGGGAUCCAUGAAGACGACGAGGAAGGUCGCUGGAAAGGAGUAUGGCUGGCAGUUAAAGAUCCAUUCACGUGGCUCUUUGCUGGGAUCCAUUUCUCGCUCAUCAUUGCUCAAUCAUUCAAGGACUUCUUCCCUUCGAUCGUUGCGACACUUGGGUUCACAGAUGUUGUGACCUACCUUGUCCAGGCACCUCCAUACCUGAUCGCAUACAUCGUAACUCUUGUUGUCUCGUGGUCUUCCGGUCGGUUUUUGGAGCACUGCUGGCACAUUGUCGUGCCAAUUCUAGUCACUCUCGCGGGAGCAGUGUUAAUGAUCUCAACGUUGAAUAUUGGUGCGCGCUACUUUAGCCUGAUCUUGCUUUGCACUGGUCCAUUUGUUGGCCUGAACAUCCAAAUCUCAUGGGAGACCACGGUCGUCCCACGCCCACGUACAAAAAGGGCCGCCUUGGUUGCAAUUGCAAAUUGUGUGGCAUCAGUAUCUCACUGGUUCACGCCUUACUUCUUCCUCACUUCUCAAGAACCACGUUAUGAGACUGGAGGCGGUAUCAUCAUUGCAGGCUGUGGACUCACGGUGAUCCUUUGCUUGGCUACUAGGUGGUGGUGCACCAGGAAAAAUAAGGCACUGGAUGAGGCAGAGGCAUCUAAGGGGGUGCUUGUCCAUAGUGGAGGAUCACGUGGAUUUGAUGGAAUCUGUGAUUUGAUUCUGUUUUGA